CCUCCUCCCGUGGAGGCCCACGCGAUGGCAUCCAGGCCGUGCGGCGGCGGCCCCCGGCAGCCCGGCCAGGGCGCGCAUGUGUACCUGUGGCGAGUCGUCGGCGAGCUGCGGGAGAUCCAGAUCAUGCAGCAUUUUUCUGGACAGGCAAAGAUUGUUGAGUUCAGGGGAGCGUUGGAGGAUAAUAGCAAUGUGCAUGUGGUGAUGGAGCUCUGCUCAGGUGGUGAGCUAUUCGAUCGGAUCAUUGCUAAAGGCCACUACACAGAAUGGUCAGCUGCUACAAUCUGUAGAGCAGUUGUGAAUGUUGUGAACAUUUGUGCGUCGUGAUCUGAAACUAGAGAAUUUCUUGCUCACAACCAA